AUGAAUUACAUGAAAAAUCUACUCGAAGAUAUUCAUUACUAUCGUUCCCUCAUCUUGCGAGUAAGUCGGUUUAUGGAUGAGGAACUCAACAUUUAUACUGCCAAAUUCAUAACGAAGAAUGAUUCAGGUGGUGCGGAUUGUGGAGAUUCCGAAGGAAGGCCAGAAAUCGCGAGCGUUCUGAAUAGGGAAGACUCGAGUAGCCCUAGACCGAAGAUAUACUUUUGUGAUUACGAUGGUUGCGUAAAGUCUUUCACUAGGCCUUCUCUGCUUACCGAGCACCAGCUCUCUGUACAUCAGGGCAUAAAGUCCUAUAAGUGUGACCAGUGUGAGAAGGCUUUUGCCAAAAAAAGUCAUUUAGAAAGGCACAUGUACUCGCACGCGAUUGACAAGCCAUUUAAAUGCUCUGUGUGUGGGAAAGGGGUGACGACUAGACAGCAAUUAAAGCGUCACGAGGUGACGCAUACCCUUUCCUUCAAAUGCACUUAUGAGGGGUGUGGGGAACGAUUUUACAAGCAUCAACAUCUCAGGGCACAUAUACUUUCAGUUCAUUUGCAGAAGCUUAAAUGUCCUCAUUGCGGGAAGCAAUUCCAGCGACCUUACCGCUUAAAUAAUCAUUUGGCGAGGCAUCACAAUCCAGAAAGCCAAUUGGUGUAUCAGUGCACAUACCGGUCAUGUGUCUGCGCUUUUAAGACGUGGACAGCUCUACAACAACACAUAAAAGAAGACCAUCCCAAACUGCUAUGCUCAGUGUGUGGUAAAGCAUGUGUUGGUGAACAGGGUCUCGAGAUGCAUAUGUUGAUUCACGAUGACUCGCAAGUGAUAAAAAAGUGGAAAUGUGAAAUAUGCGAUGAAAUUUAUUUUGCCAAAAAGGCUAUGCUAUUUUCGCAUUAUGCAGAGACCCAUCCAGGGGUUCUUCCGGCUCAGAACUUGGAAGAAAGAGAACAGGUAGUUCAAAAUGAAGAAAGUUCUUUGGCGAGUACAAUUUCGAACAAAGAUAAUAAUACUUCGAAAACAAGCCACAAAAGCGAUAUACCUUCUAUCAAGACAGAACUCCUGCUAGAAAGCUACCUGGAGAAGGGCAACUCUGCUAUCGGCUUGCUGCUGAAUUCAGUAGGGCGAAAGCAUAAGUGCCCAUUUCCAAGGUGUUACCGGACGUUCAAAAGCCAAGAGCGAUUCGAAAUGCAUCUUGACAAGCACAGAAUUCAUGAAUUCAAAUUGCAGAUGCUACGCGAUGACAGCCAAAAAGAUCACCUACCGAUAAAUGAAUCGCAAUUGCCACACCGGGCCACUGAAGGCGAUUCUGAUGAAUCAGUUACUCAUUGA